UAUUACUUAUUAAUUAUUCGUUUAUUUUUCUUUCCUUGUUGUGUAGAUUUGAUUUUAGUUUUAGUUUUAUCUCGAAAUUCUUAGUUACUUACGACCUAAUUGUUUCAUUUUCCUACUUUAUCAAUUAACUUUUCCUUUAAAUAAUUAAAUAAUUGUUGUGUAGAUUUGAUUUUAGUUUUAGUUUUAUCUCGAAAUUCUUAGUUACUUACGACCUAAUUGUUUCAUUUUCAAUUAACUUUUCCUUUAAAUAAUUUUUAUCAGCAUUCACGCUAUUGCUUCUUAAGCAUUUGUUUCUUAUUCUCUCACUUUGAUAUGAAAUUUAAUUUAGUUUUUUCCAUAAGACCUUUAACAAGUCAUCUUCAACUUCUUUUUGUCGCCUUUUUAUCUCUGUUUAAUUCCUUCCUUUUUUAGUGAUGCCACGACGCACGCUCAUCAGAAGCGCAGCUUUUGCCGAUCCUUGUGACCUAUCUACUGACGAGCUUAGCCUCCUUUCGGUCGAGACUACCGACGAUUUUGUAACAAACCUACUAUCCAGGACUAACUGGAAUGGAGGAGCUCUCGGCUGCCUCUCCGCCACACUUACUGGCGACAACUGCAGAGUGGACGCCGCCACUUUCCACCUACUAGGAAAGCUAUGGACCAACAAAAACAUCAAUGUCACUAGCCUCUGGCCUACACAGGCAGCUACUACGUUAUCCCUCACAAUCGAGGAUCUAUCUAUCUUCACUUUCCCAGAUAAUUCCAUGGUUUCCAAUUACGUCAGCUCUAUCGACCUACAGUUCUUUUUCUCUCAAGCAGGAGUAAUUCUAGAAGAAGAGAAUUUUUCUCUUGCCGGAGUAUCUGAUUUUUGCCUCCGCGCCUACGUGUACCCAACUUCUGAUGCCUAUGCAAAGGUGGUGCUACUGCUCUUCCCGUGCGACUUAGCGGAGCUGUCUACCAACCCUCUCUACUUAGACCCAAGGUUUCCAGGAAUUCGCCUCAAAGAAGUCGAAAUCCCUCUAGCUCCCCCUCCUUUACUCUCACCGGUGGAGAAGACCUGGGGAUUUCCCCUCAUCUGCGCCAUUUUCCCUGGUUCGGAUUGGGAAGACGCCCCUGGCUGCGCCCUUGGUGACAGUCUGCGCUCUACCCUAGCUGAGCUUCUUCGCUCUGCCAGCCUCCCAGAUGCCAAGGCUAACCAUGACAGCUACCUCACUAGGCUAGCUGAACUUGCAGGAAAUGAAGAUUCUCUACUUUCCAAGGCUCCGACUCUUUUCUGGCCUCCAGCUGUGACUGCUCCAGUGCCAGCAGGCCCUACUCUAGUUACUCCCUUCUGUCCUGAAGCUGUGCCAGGAGCGUCGAAAUAUGGCCCCUCUGGCCUAUUCACAUCACAGUCGUUUGCUUAUCUCACCACUGAUUCUAUUGUUGCUUCUACACUCAGCCACAUGGCUAACCACUCAAUUACUAGGAACACCUGGCCAACUUACCAAACAGCUAACAGAAUGCUAAAACUGUGCUUCGACAGUCGCAACACAAUUGUUUCUUACCCCCUAUCACAGGGUGACCUACUCAUCUUCAUAUCAUGGUUGAACAACAGAGGCUUGAGCCCAACCACCAUUAGUUCCUAUCUUUCUGGUAUACGUCUAAUUCACUUAACUGCAGGCCUCGAAGCUCCAGAUCUAAGGUCUGACAUUGUGUCUCAAGUUCUGACUGGAGCCAAACACAUCAAUGCCGUCUCGAUUAAAUCAAAACCAGUCAGGAUGCCUAUCACACCCACCAUCCUUAGGCUGCUGAAGCUCGCCAUUAGCCGGGAUGUUUUGUGCCCACCCGACUGUAGAAUGUACUGGUUUUUAUGCACUUUAGCCUUCCAUGGUUCCUUUCGGAUGGGAUAUAAACACAGAUAUAUUGAUAGUUAUAAGAUCCGUUUAUCUAUAAACACAGAUAUUGAUAUUUAUAAGAUCCGUUUAAAAUGGAGAAGUAUUGAAAUCACUACAGAUCUUAGCAGAUUUUGCAGCCAACAGUUUGAAGCAAGAUUUGGAGGCACUUGGUUAUGA